AUGGAAUCUAGAUAUGAAAAGAUAACAAAUACUGAUAUUGGAUCGUGUUCCGAAAAACAAACAACAAAAAAGAAGAAACAAGGUACAAAAGGUGGCAUCAGCAACUUUCAGUUUAUUCUCAUCGAUAUAACCAAACAUUUAAAUAAAUGCGCUUCUGAUAUGUUAACAACUCUGAUCGCAAUGGCAGCAAAUGCGAUCAUCAUCUAUGAUGAUAAUUCAACUACUGAUUUUGAUCAGCUGCCUGAUAAACCCACGUUUCUCAUUAUUAGCAGUUCUGUCGCAUCUAAAAUGAAAAAUAAACCAAAACAAACAAAAGCGACUUUUAUUUUAGAAGAAGAUAAAAACAAAGUCGAUUAUCGAGAACGAUUCGGAAAUGGCGAAGAUCUAAUUUUCGAACUAGCUGACGCAGUUUAUCAAUGUUACAAAAAAGAAGCAAAUCAAUGUUCAUUAUCUGGUGAUAUGAAGACGGCGAAAAUUAAAGAAGAGCAAGCGAAUCAAGUUCAUAGUAACUUGAAAAGGGCAUAUAUAUCAGCGUCGGAUAAUAACAGUAUUAUUCAAGGUCGGAAAUAA